AUGAAUUUAAAACUGUUUUUACUGGUCUUGGUAGUAAAGGUAAGUUCUACUCUUAAAUAGACACGGCUUUGGGGCCGGCCCGGCCACCGCCAUAGGCUCCUGAAAACGUUAUCGCCCGAAUGUCAUGUCUACCCUUGACAAUAUAUGAAUCACGAUUAUGUUUCCAUUAUAUAGGUCUACGGCGGAGACAUUCCAAUCAACGACAAAUUUGGACAUGACGAAAAAGGGACAUUCUUCAUUGCUAAUGUCGACAACUUUGAUGCGAACAGUACACGCACCUUUUUUCAUGUAAGUUAAACAAGUACAAAAAAGAAUCCGAUUUCUCAAUUUUCGCGACAAAAUCAAAUUGCGUUUCAAUUCAGCGACGCGGCGGCAUUGUGCUCAUAAUUUUCCCGACAGAUUGUUAAAUAUGUAUAGCAUAUAGGACACAAAACAAAACGGGAGUUUCUGAGGUUUUAGGUAAAACAAGGACCUUGACUUUUGGCCUCGAACCUAAAAAGUUAUGGCCAAUUCAAAUUCGACCGCUUAAUUGUCGCGCCCAGCACAUUUAUGACUAAAAAUAUGUAACAACUUGAGUGCCCUAAAAUAACGCGAUUUAUUUUUAGUACUACAACCAAACGCACUAUGGAGCCUCCGAAUUGAACAUUCUGCAUAUCCUCUCGGAAAGCAUGAACGAAGUAGAAGGCCAGGACCCAAAUCGGCAUUUGCCAGUCGAAGAUUAUAUCCGGAAUCUUCCGAAAGACCCCAAUCCUCUGUAUCCGAGGCUAAGCGACGAUCUCCACAAGGAAUUUGACGCUAACAUAUAUGAAAUAGAACACCGGUAUUACCAUCAGAGCUACCCGGUUCAGUAAGGGCUUCUGAUUUGAGUGUGACAAGUGCGACGCACAGAUUUUGGCUAAAUUUAGCGCCCAUCCAAGACUAUGCCUCAUAUUAAUUACUGGAUAUCUUAGCUGCGAGUUGCAGGCGCAGAGAAGAUCUUUGCGCCCGAGAGACCACGCAAAACGGGGAGAGCACGCUCUAUUGCGGCCAAAAGAAAACUAAAGUUCCGGUCAGCGACAUUUUGAGUAAGUGAUAUUUUGGAUCGCGUCAGUUUGUCGUUGUACGCACGGGAGAGGCUAGCAGAAGGCUUAGUUUGUAUAAAUAACAAGAUUGACCGGGUCCCAGGAUUGCUUAUCACCUUUUUUGAGGUACGUUGCAUGUACUCGCAUCAAUAAUGUCUGGACAAAAGUUAGGCAUCUUCGUUGUUUCGAAAUUUUUCUCUUUUACUUGUUACUAUAACUCAGGGCAGAUAAGAAGACUAACGUUAGUAAUAGCUAAGAUUAGAAAAAGUGGACGUAUUGUAAGUUUUCGCUAAGUCUCCGCCGAUCCUUUGUCGAGCGUCCGCCGAUCAUCCAAUGGCUUUGCCAGGCCCCUUAGGCGCUUUCUACAACCUUCUUGGGGUAUCCAGCUAGCUCAUGGACGAAGUCAAAAGACUUCUCGGUUCCCCCAUCUGUGACGAAAACCCAAGUUGAAGAGUGCCCUCUAUCUGGAAGCUGUUUUAGGUACCCGGUUACAAAAGACGACUUCAAAUACAUGUCGACGCAGCAAGCCCUAGAAGAUUACCGCCACUUCAUCUUGGAGAUGAAUAAAAAGCUGGAUACUCAGGCACCCAAAUGGCUGAUUUUGGGAGGAUCGUAUGCAGGUAGCUUGAGCUUGCUAUUCAUCUAGUAACACCCGUUGCUCUUUCCAGGAAUGCUGACUAUCUGGUUUCGGCAGCGUUUCCCUGAGCUGUCAAUCGGUGCCAUUAGCUCCGCCGGCCCUGUGAAUGUAGUGUUAAACUUUACGGGUGAGAAUUGACGGCUUUACGUUAACUCAUGUUUAUAUCAGGUUACAUGCAGCUGGCUCAGCAUGGCUACGAAAAGCGCAAUCCCGAAUGCGCCAAACACCUCAAAGCUGCUUUCGCUGAGCUUAAAUCUCUUCUGAAUGAUGUAAAAUCCGAGCGCUUAUUCGAACUCUACCCAAAUCUAACCCAUUAUGAUCUUAACAACAAAAGAGAGCGGCAUCUAUUCGCUUACGAGAUUGUAAUGGACGCAUACGGGCAAAUUCAAAUUGAUGUGGAUGGAAUCGUAAGCGGAUAUUACUAUGGUAUUUUCAUAAAGUGCAUAGACUUGUUUCGUGGCUUCAGUGCAUUUUUUCUUUCUAGUGCAAGUUUUUCAACGUCUCCACUCCCAAUCCGCUUGAGGAGUUGGCCAGUCGUUUUAUUGGGCUCGCCGACCCAAUCGAAGACAAAGCUUGGGGCUCGUGGAUGUGGCAAGUUUGCAACGAGCUCGGACUCUUCUAUUCCCCAGACUUUGAAGGCAGCUACGUCAGUGGAAUCUACGACGUCAAGGUGGUCUUCCAGCAGUACGUUGAUUUAGCAACAGCGGGGUCCAUUGUGCGACGCCCAGAUUUUGAUGAAACUUGACGCAAGCUUAUAGGAUUUUCUCCAAGACAAAUGGCAGACUCCUAGCUCGCGCUUUGCAGGAACCACCGGAAUUUUUAGGUCAAAGCUCGGGUUAAAUAUGAGAAGAUUUUACAAAUUUUGGCAUAAAUAUUAUAAUUGCAGGCCUUUUUCUACCGUAGAGAUAAAAAUUUCCACAAAAAAAAAAGCAAAAUUUUCCGCAUGAAACUGGCAGAGAUAUGGCCAAGAAUCAGACUCUUUAACCUGCAACGCGCGAGCUAGGAGCCUCACAUGUGCUUUAGAAAAAAAUUAUAUACUUUUCUGCCAAGUUUCAUCAAAAUCUGAGCGUUGCACUUUGACUGCUUCCCCGAUAAAUUCUACCCUGUUAUCGGUCUGUCGGGAAAAUACUGGCGGUAGUAGCAAGUUUUUUUGCUUCAUCAAAAAAAGGGCGCAGUCGCAUCAAAUUUCCAACUACGGCUAGCCGUCAAAAAGCGAUGACGGACGAUUCCAACCGCGACGAAUCCACAUUAUUUCCCCGACAGACUGAUAAGGACUCGUCGAGGAAAAUCGAAUCACUCCCAUACCGUAAUUUAGACUCUGUUCAAGCCAUUUUGGACCCGAAUUCACUUACGAGCAAAUCGGAGCCAACGUGCGGAAAACCCGCGAAUAUUACGAACAGGAUCAGCCGUAUAACGGAACGAACAUUGUCGUCACCAACGCCGAGUACGAUCCUUUCAGUGUGCUCGGCUUAACGAGCGCGCUGGAUGAAUCGGUCAGCUUCAUCACCAUCCGAAAUGGCUCUCAUUGCUUCGACUUUCGAAGAGGAAGUCUGUCUGAUGUGGUGGCGGCUCGACACAUCUACAAAGAGAACAUUAGGCGAUGGAUGAAGACGGAAGAUGCUGCAAAAAUUAAAGUUAAUUUAAUUUUGGCAUUCAUUAUCGCUUUUUUGCUAUUGUAA